UCCUAAAAGCUCUCGGGAGGCGGCACCUCCCGGGACUAGAGUCCUCAGCCGCCCCAGCCAUGGCACAGGCUCAGGAGGGCAACGACCCCAUCGGAACCAUCCUAAUCCAGGUCCAAGAGGACCUUCAUCAAUUAAAGCAUAAAUUAACAAAAUUCUCAAGUGAGGAGACAAAAGACCCUCUGGACAUUCAAAAUCUUGAGACAGCAAUCCAAAGGACUGAAAUGGGGUUAAAAAUUCACAUUGAGAAGUAUCUAGAAGUUGUAAACCACCAGGUGUUAGUGGCUCCUGUGCAUGAAAACAUACAUUCUCCUGUGACUCCCAAAUGGGUGAUUCCAACUUUAAUUGACCCGAAAUCAAUUUUCUCCAAGGAGCCUGAGGGUAAACUUGGUCAACCUCAAAAGCGCAGUUCAGUUUCACAUGGCCUUACAAGAGCAAAGCCAAUGACAGAGUUGAAUGUAAAGAUCAUGCAGGAUCCGGAGAACACGCACCACAGAGCUGCUAUGAAAGAGAACUACGGUGUCAGUUUGCCAUAUAUUAAUCAGAGAAAAGCACAUGAGAAGGUUCAUCGGUUAGUAAAAGGGUCCACAAUAUCCAGCCUCUCGGUUCUGCCACCAUCUCAUCGCACUGAUCCCCAUUUUAUUCCCAUUCCUGUCUUGCCAAAGGAUGCCAGUAAAGGGAUCUUAAGUAUGAUCCAACGGGGAUUGAUUCCCCCAACAGCAAGGAUCACCUUUCAGAAUCCACCCAUUAAACCCCAAGCAGUUCCUCUGCAUAGUUUUGAUGAGCCACGUAGGAUUUCAACAGAAGCCCCCUUCCUUCUAGCUCAGAAGAAACACCAGGUUCCAGAAGUGGCGGUGUCUCAAAAGAAACGAAAGAUAAAGGGGAAAGGCAAAAGGCCAAGAGGAAACGUCGAUAGGAAGGCUCUAAAAAUUACUACACCAACUAAGACUAUAAAGACACCGUGGAGUUUCAACUUUUCUAUUUAUGAUGGCACCAUAGACAAGACAGCCCCAGACUUCUUAGCAUUCAAGGCACAUUAUAGCUUAGCCUGGGGAAGUAUUAUUUCUGUCCUGGAACAAAUUGAGAAGUUUCUCAAGGACUAUGCAAUAUCAGAAGCCAAAGUUAGAGGGACGAGUUUGAUGUCCCUGCUUCCAGAAUUUGAGCUGAAGAAUAAACUUACCAAAAGUGAUGUUCUGUUAGUGCUAGAGAACCCGCUUCACAUCCAAAUGCUGUUAAACCUUCCGGGACAGAGGUACAAGGGCCGAGAAGGAAGGACGGAGGCUGCGGUCAAGAUCCAAGCCACAUGGAAAUGUUAUAAGACAAGAAAAUUCUUCCUUUGUUAUCGCCAGAAGAAGUGGGCCUCAGGUGUGAUCGCCCUUGCAUGGCUUUUAUAUUGCCACAGGAUAAGGAUAAAGAAGAUACUGAAGGAAUCUCGUCAGAGACACCUGGAGAAUUUCCGCAUUCGAGCCAAGCAUCUGGCAGCCAACUGGAGUCGCAUCAGGACCUCCAGGAGGACUAUUAUCCAUAUCCCAUCAUUAGGCUAUUCCCAGGCUGUGCGAAAACGCAUCUCUGAUUUUGACAUACAGCAGAACAUGCAGCUGGGGAGGCUGUGUGACAUCCUAGAUGCCAAUGUCAAUGUCAUCUACAUCUGCUCCCAUCCUAUGAAUGAUGAGUUAAAGAUGUACUACAAAAAACUCCUGAGUCUACAAGCAGCUGUCAAGUCGGGGUACUAUGAGGAUAGGAGUGACCUGCAGAACAGGUUCAGAAUUAUCACCCCUGAAGCUGUAAACAUCUUCACUAAGCAUCACAUGUGCCUGGCCACUCACCUGAUGUACAGUCCCAAGGCAAUCAAAAGAAUCAAAAAUCUCAUCCAAGGAAGAGAGGCCUACAUCGUGGGCGGGCUCCUCCACAGAGACGACUUAGCUGUGGCUGAUAUGCUGAAUGUACCCAUCCUGGGCUCAGAGCCUGAGCUGGUUCACCUUUACAGUGCCAAGUCUGGAAGUAAACGGAUCUUUGACAGUGCUGAUGUGCCAAUGCCUCCUAGCAUAUAUGACAUCUAUACUUACCAGCAGAUGAUAGAACAAUUGAGCCAGUUGGUGACUGAUCACCUACGAAUCCGACGCUGGGUCUUUAAAAUGAACACAGAAUUUGGAGGAAAUGGGACAGCAUUUUGUGACAUCCCUUCCUACCUAAAGUGCUACAAGUGGGUGCUAAAGGAGAGUGACAGAUAUGGCCAUGAAGACUGGAAAAAGAAGUGGGCGCAAGAGCCAGCUCUGCUGAAGAUCUCCGAGGAGCUGGCGGGCAUUUUAGCACAGCACGUACAGCCAGUCAAUGAGAAACAGUUCCCGACGUGGAUGAAAUUCCUCCAAACGUUUCUCACUCAAGGUGGCGUGAUUGAAGCAUACCCACCUGCAGACAGUGUCACCAACCUCACCGUAGACAUGUUGAUAGAGCCUGAUGGAGAAAUCAGAGUGCUGUCAAUGGGGGACCAGUAUCAUGCUGAAGGCCCCUUUAUUUCUUCUGGUACCACCAUGCCUCAGACCUCAGUGGAUCCCCAAGUUCUCUGUUCUUUGUGUCUCCAAAUUGGAAAUGCCUGCAAAAAGAAAGAUGUGAUUGGUUACUUUUCUAUAGAUCUGGUGACUUUUAUUGACCCAAACACCUUAGAGCAGCAGGUAUGGACAACAGGCCUCAACGUCUCAUACAGUGACCAGCUAUCCAUGACUCAGCUCACUUUGUACUUGACAAAUGGCCAUCUGAAUUGUGGUAUGAGCACCCUGGAAGUGCCCCACUUUGAUCAAGAUACGGAAAGGAUGAAAAAGCGCCAUAGCAUCCAAGCAGAGAUGUCACCAGAAACCAGUCGCUAUGCAGUGAUGACCACCCAGCUGAAGCACGACAAUCUCUCCCUAGUCUUCUAUUAUGUUUUUCUCCAGAUGUGUAAGGCCCAUGGCAUUGGCUAUGACCUUGAGGACAGACAAGGAACUGUUUUUAUAUUAUAUGAACCUCUGAAGAGAUUCAAGUUGGGCAUGUUAACAAUCGGUGUGGAUCUCCAGGGGGUCCUCAUGACCUUUGCUCGCAAUCUCUUCAUCAUCCAUCAAGAAAUAUCAGCACCUAAUAUGCAAGGCGAGACCAAUUUUAAGGCUACCAUUAAUGAUAUCGAAACCAUUUUAGGAGUAACAGAAGAAAAUAAAAUGAGAUUUGAAGGUGAAAAAGAUACCAAAGACAAGGAGGAUCACCUGUAUAAGCCUGUUGAGACACACUCAGAUACAUCAUGACUGGAUCCCUGUCUAGAGAAAGAACAAUGUUUCCUUUGCUAUUAGUAUAAAAGUGGGGAAGUUAGUUUGCUGUUUGCCAAGAGGUCAAUCAGAACAAAUUGUAAUGUAAUAGUUCUUAAAAUCCUGUUUAUUAUGUAAUGUUAUUUUACUCAUUAAACAAACUUACUGGUGUUUUCA